AUGCCCAUCCUUCCAGGUAGGGAAAGGUCGGAAUAAAUCACUUUUUAUUAUAGUAAUUGUGCUCAUUUUAUUUUUCAACUGUAGCCAAGGUCGUUGUCCUGAGCAUGCGAACGAUAAAAUCCAGUUUUGUGUUCAGCCGGUCGCCGAAUAUUCGAAAGUUUUAAAUAAACAUGUAAGUCAGGGGAUGACGCGAUCGGAAACGGGGCCAAUCACAUUACAGGGUGGGCCACUUGGAGCUUCCAAUCUUAUUUCAGGUAUUUCUACGCCAAUAAUGCACCAAUUUCUAGAAAAUUUAUUUCAAAUUGAAGCUGAGACUGCCUAUUUUUUGUGCACCAAAUAUGACGGGUCCACGUUCACGGAGGCCCCGUGAACGUGAACCUUUGACAUUUUCAUUCAAAAGGAAAUUUUUGCAGUGAUUUUCAAUUGUGGUUUUCGAACUUUGGACAUUAUUAUAUAAGGAUGGUGACAUACGCAUCAAAUGGGUGUCGUGGCCAGAAACCGCGAUUUCUUGUCUGUUCGGCCUCUAGACAAGAAUUCUUGUCUCAAUUGCGUAAUAUCGCGCAAAUUUCUGCUCUCUCCCUGUGGAGAUUUUUUUCUUUUUUUCUCUGCUCAGACAAGAAUUGCGCAUUUCUUGCCUAGAGGCCUAACAGACAAUAUUUCUGGCCAGGACACACGAUUUGAUGUGUAUGUCACCAUCCCUAUAUUUGCGAAAUAAAAGUUGCAAAGUCCGCUGAAAAUUUUUAAAAAAAUGGUGUUCAUGAUCAUACUGUGCGUCAAAAGCACAUUUUUAGUCUCAGCGAUGUACCAAGUUGAACGAAUGUUUAAAAAAAGUAGUUUUUUAGGGCAUUAUACGACUUUGUGCCAAGGUUCAACAAAGUCCGAGCGUUGAUCAGUGCGGGGUAAUUCGGAGGCCCCCGCCAACGAUUUUCAUUAGGAAGCUUGGAAGCCCCAAGGCCCACCCUGUAGUUUUAAAACACGAUUCCUGAGUCAUUGAAAAUAAUUAGCCCAGGACAUACAUAGAAAAAAAAUCGAUUUAUAUAAUCCAAAAUCCUUCAACAAGAUACCAUGUUUUAAACCUGGAGCGACGAUUGAGGAAGUUGACCAUUGGGGAGACUGAAAAUAUUAUUUUAUAUAUAAGUGUCGAAGUAAGGGUAACCGGCGGCGUAGAUUUCCAAAGUCAUGUUCAUUUUUUCUGAUUUUUACUUUUAACUAGUACUGUUCAGCAGUAAUUUUUUCAUUUUUUAAAAUACGUUGGAUUAUGGGUUUUCGAUGAUGCUGAUUGCGAAAAUCAAAUCCAAUUUUUUUGAUACUUACAUUUUUACAUACAGGGUAAUGUCAAAAAAUUACUUUUUAACAAUCAAUUCUGCUCUGUCACAAAUUUGGUGGUAUAGUGGUAAUGGGCGGGACUACCAAUCCAGCGUCCCGGGUCCGAUUCCGAGUGGGUGCAAAUAUCGAAAAACACCUGAAUUCGAUUUUAAGAGGGCUGUAUGAUUUAUACGAAGUAAUUUUAAACAAUAAUGGUAUCUGGAUUGGAGAUUAAAACGGAUUUUAUAUAAUUUUAGAAGCUUAAUACGAUUUUGAGAUUUUUUUAUGUCCACGCUAAACUGACGGCUGGUGCUCUGACUCAGGAACCGUCUUUUAAUGAGUAGUUGCAAUUAUCCCAAUUCGGUAACUCCUAUUUAGGAUAACUCAACCAAUGGACCUCAAUUUGGAAACGCUUUACAAUUACCCAAACUCGGGGGACAGGUGUUCAGGGAGUUGUGCCGGUGAGAAAAACAUCCAAUCCUUAUUUUAUUCUUUUUCAGAUUAAUCAGGGACUUUGAAGUUUGUGUGGCCGAGUAUCGGGAACCCUGUCCAAAACAUAUUACAAUUAAUUUAAUCGAGGCCUCGUACGGCUUCUUGUGUAACGAGGGAUACGAAAGUAAGUGAAAGAAAACAAACUUAAUUUCAAUAAUUUUGGUUGUUGCGUUAAGAUUUCAUUUACAUGUUGUUUUAGCUUUUAUGAACAGUGCCGAAUGCCUGAUGGCCUUGGAUCAGCAGCCGGCAGUCAAGAAAUGCCAUGACGAAACAUUGAAGGAAAUCGAGAAUGCAAACAGCAAAUCGAAUAUCCGGAUGGACGUAAAGUUGGAGUAUAUGUGCGGGUGAGUGUGGGCUUUAAUUCGCAUAAUAUUUUUGCAGGGCUCUCAACUAUUUCUCGGCUUGCGUCCGUCAACAUAUCUGGCUGAAUUGUGGCGUGGAGGCCUGGCAUGUCAUCUUCCGAGUGCUCAAAGAUACGACGCGCACUCUGAUGCCAUCUUGUCUCUUCAACGGGGAGUCCAAGAAGUUAGAUGCCGAAAAAGAAUUGGAAUUGGAGCGGUUGCAGGGCAUCCCUCCCUCCACGAUUCCUCCAGUGAUCGUCCCCCAAGCCCGGGAUCUUCCCCAAUCGAAACCUCAGCAUCCUGUGGAUCAGAACUCGGUGAUUUCCUUUGAGAUCCACGAGGAUUCGGAUCAAUUCACCGAACGGAAUUAUGCGCAUUUGGACAGCGGGUCUUCCUCUCGAUCUCAAUCUCUGAUUCUUUCUUCUUUUAUAGGUAUUUACUGGUUCUUAGGCUAAUAUCCAAUAUAAUAAAAUUCAGAUCUAUAAAAGAUUAUCAAUCUCUAUACUUCGGAUUUUGAUUUUCAAAAUACGAUGAGAAUUGGGAAGCCAGAAAAAAAACAAUAAUAUUAUAAAUACACAAAAAAUUAUGAAUUCCGGAUUUCUCAAAAAAAAAAAUCCGGAACUCACAAUCAGACAAAAAAUGAAACUUUUUCACAAGGAAAGUACUUCUAUGGGGUGUGGAAUUACCGGUCGAGAUAUAUAUCAAAAAAUUCGCAAAAAUUUUCUGAUUCAGAAUAUAUAUAAAUUAGCUGCCUAAUUUUGGUUUAAUGACAUGUUUUUGUCCUCAGAAGUUUUCUCGCGACACCAUGCAAGUGUCUUUUUGACCGUGUUUUUACCAAUAAAAAAAUUUUGUUUUGUGCUAAACUAAAUUCUGAAGCCUUGACAAGCCUUAAAAUAUCAAAUUGGAUUACAACUACACCUUAAAAGUAGUUCCAACGUAAAAAAUGGGUUCUAAUGUGGCAAAAAGAACCGAACCCGUUUCCCUCGGAUUUCCAACCCAGCGCUCUAACCACUCGGCCACACCGCUCUCUUACGAAGGAAGAGACCGAGCGCGCUUUUGUUGCCGCAGAUUUUUUUCCUCGAGAAAAAGAUUUAUUGAAAAAACUCGCUGAUAGACCAAAAUUAGGCAGCUAAUUUAUAUAUGUUCUGAAUCAGAAAAUUUUUGCGAAUUUUUUUAUAUAUAUCUCGACCGGUAAUUCCACACCCCAUAGAAGUACUUUCCUUGUCAGACGUCCCUAAAGGGUAGAGAACAGUUUUUAUGAAGAAGAAGAUGCACUUUCCGAAAGAGUUUUUAGUUGUCGCCUACAUCUAGGUUAGAAAAGGAAAGUGCAGAUUCGACAAAGUGCAGUCAGUCAGUCGAAGCCGGUUCUAAUGCCAGAGGCAGUGUUUGUCGUCGUUUCUUAUUUUGUUUCUCUUGGAUUCCAGUCUGGCCUACGAUUUGUCUGAUGAGGCAUUUUCGGGAGUGAUACUUUUUAGUACUGGUAUGUGAGAAAGAUUAUUACGCAAGGAGUAUUUUAUUCCCGGUUAAAAUUAUAUAAGACCUCGUCAUAGUGCAUUUUCUAGAGGUCGCCGCAGUCUCCAUAUGUCUCUUCCGUCAAUAA